AUGAAACACUCGACAACGGUGUCGGUGGCCGGGCUGGUGCUGACGGCCCUGGUGGUGAUCCGGCUACUUUUAAUCGGGAACAGUAGCAUCGUGGUACGAUUUGCAUGGCCUCCUUUCAUUGUGUUUAAGUCAUAUGUGCCAUCGUUCGAAAACGUUCCGGGCGUUCAAUACUACGAUCUGCGUAACUACAACGGUAAGCCCGAUGGGUGGCAACGUGGAGACCGCGUUUUGUUCACAGUGCCGCUUAGAGACGCAGCUGAACAUUUACCCAUGUUUUUCGAACAUAUGGCGCGUACUUCCUAUCCGCAUAAUUUGAUCGAUUUGUCGUUUUUGGUCAGUGAUAGUUCGGAUGACACCAUGGGUGUGUUGUUGGCACAUCUGCAAAAAGCGCAAUCGCAAACAGACCGCACCAAGCGGUUUGGCAACAUCGAAAUCUACGAAAAAGAUUUCGGUCAAAUCAUCGGACAGUCGUUUUCGGACCGCCACGGGUUUGCAGCUCAGGGUCCCAGACGUAAACUAAUGGGCCGGGCCCGCAACUGGCUGGGAUCUGUAGCCCUUAAACCGUAUCAUUCAUGGGUUUACUGGCGUGAUGUGGACGUACAAACCAUCCCACGUACUAUUUUGGAAGACCUCAUGCACCACGACAAAGACGUCAUUGUUCCAAACGUUUGGCGUCCCUUGCCAGAUUGGCUAGGUAAUAUCCAACCUUACGAUUUGAAUUCGUGGCAAGAAUCUGAAGGUGGUCUUCAAUUAGCAGAUUCACUAGACGAAGACGCUGUAAUCGUCGAAGGGUAUCCGGAAUAUGCUACAUGGCGCACACAUUUGGCUUACAUGCGGGAUCCCUCCGGUGAUCCUGAAGUGGAAAUGGAAUUAGACGGUAUUGGAGGCGUGUCUAUUUUGAGUAAAGCCAAAGUCUUCCGCGCGGGUUCGCAUUUCCCGGCCUUUUCGUUUGAAAAACACGCUGAAACCGAAGCAUUUGGUAAAUUGUCUCGCAGGCUGGGCUACAGUGUGAUUGGGCUGCCGCAUUAUGUUAUCUGGCAUAUUUACGAACCUUCGUCUGACGAUCUCAAACAUAUGGCAUGGAUGGCCGAAGAAGAAAAACGUAAAGUGGAGGAAAACAAGAUUCGUGAGUUUUACGAUAAGGUUUGGCAAGUGGCUUUUGACGACGUUCGUGACGAAUGGGAAACGGAAAGACUUAAAGUGAUGAAGAAUAUUGAUCCCAGCUCUGUAAAUCGUCGGAUCACGGUCGACUGGGACGGUAUUGAUGACGAUUUUGCCGUGGAUGCAGAUGGGGAAGACAGCUCUCCUGAAAAUGCCCCCAAAGACGAUGAAACCGAUAAUCAACAGGCCGAGGAUAAAAAAGACGAAGAUUCUGAAAAUGCAGAUGCAAAAGACGUCGACGUUAAAGAUGCCGACAAGAAAGCAGGAGGCGACGACGCUGGAGCUGCAGAGCAAGACGGAGGCUCUAAGAAGCCCAAGAAGAACCCGGACGAAGUUGAACAACUCGAAUUCGAUCCCGAUAUUUGA